AUGGACAAGAGUUGGAUUGCAUUAGGUAGCACAGUUGAUGGAAGGAUAAGUCGGGCAUAUAAUGAUGGGGUAAUAUCAUUUCUCCGUUUUGCAAUGGCGGUUAUCGAUCGAGAUGGUAAAAUUUUGUGCCCUUGUCGAAAGUGUGUGAAUGUUGUUCGUCAAAAAUUUCAAAUUGUUCAAAUUCAUUUGCUGCAACAUGGGAUUAUUCCAACUUACACUAUCUGGCACGUGCAUGGGGAACCCCGUGAAUCAAACGAGGCUUAUCAUCAUGAUAUACCCGUUGAGGGCAAUGAGGUUUUGGGAGGUAUUGAUGCCUUAGUGGAAGAUCGAAUAAGAGGGGAAUCAACUAAUACAACUCAAGAGGAGGAGGUUCGCACUUUUGAUAAAUUAUUGAAUGAUGCCAAACGUGAGGUGUACCCAGGUUGCACAAAUUACACUUUGUUAAAAUUUGUCAUCGAGAUACUUAAUAUGAAGGUAACAAACCAUUGGAGUAAUAAGUCAGUUGACAUGAUGCUAGAGUUUUUAACAAAACUUUUACCGAAGGAUAAUUUGGUUCCAAAGUCAACUUAUGAAGCUAAAAAAAUACUACGUGAAUUGGGUUUGUCAUACGAGCUCAUUGAUGCUUGUGUAAACGAUUGUGUGCUCUUUUGGAAGGGGAAUGCAACACCAGAUAAAUGUCCAAAUUGUAAGGCUUCUAGAUACAAGACAAAUCAUGGUAGAGGUAAGAAGAUCUCUCGUAAGGUUCUUCGAUACUUCCCGUUAACACCGAGAUUGAAAAGGUUGUACAUGUCGAGGAAGAGAGCCGAGGAAAAACGUCUAGAUGACGGUGUAUUGAGGCAUCCUGCAGAUAGUGAUGAGUGGAAGGAAUUCGAUACACAACAUCCUGAAUUUGCCUUGGAGCCUCGGAAUGUGAGGCUAGGGUUGGCUACUGAUGGUUUCAACCCUUUCGGAAAUAUGAAUAACUCAUAUAGUUUGUGGCCUGUCGUACUCAUUCCGUACAACUUGCCACCGUGGUUGGCUAUGAAGGACCCAUUUUUCAUGCUAUCAUUACUUGUUCCUGGUGAAUCACAACUAGGAAUUGAUAUUGAUGUCUACAUGAGACCUUUAGUGGAAGAAUUGAAUGAAUUAUGGAAAAAUGGUACAUUAACCUAUGAUGCCUCGACUGGUGAGACUUUCUGCAUGCGUGCAGCUUUGCUGUGGAUGAUACAUGAUUGGCCCGCAUUUGGUGACAUUUCUGGAUGGAGAACAAAGGGUCAUUACUCUUGUUACACUUGCAAUGAUGAACCAUAUUUUGAAUCUUUAAGAAGUAAGAUUGCGUAUAGUAACCGUCGAUACUACUUGCUUGAUGACCACCCAGAAAGGCGAAAGAGUAGAGCAUAUAAUGGCAAGCAUGAAAAACGGAAGAGAUCUUUUGUGAUACCGAUAGAAAAGAUUGAAGAACAAUUGGGCAGCGUGACGGGCGUCACAUAUGGAAAACAUCCAAGCAACAGGAAAAGACCUCGUCAGAACCCAAAUUGGACAAAGGUAAGCAUCUUGUAUGAGCUACCAUAUUGGAAGAAAAUGAGGCUUCGACACAACAUUGAUGUCAUGCAUGUGGAGAAGAACUUUAGUGAAAAUGUUUUUGGAACGAUGUUGGGAAUUGAUGGAAAGAACAAGGAUACAGAUAAGGCACGAAUGGAUUUAGAAGACAUGAAUAUAAGGAAAGAAUUGUGGCUGACAACAAAUCCCGAUGGAUCAUAUGUGAAGCCUUGA